AUGGGGUCAAUCGACGAAGAUGUACACCUGAAAGGUAACAACCACACAUCCCUCAAGACCAGCACCAUCAUCGAAGUUGUGGACGACGUCUCGCAACCACCCAUCGAUGAUACCAAGACGUACCAGCCAAGAUGGGUAUACCCGCAUCCUACAGAGUUCAAAGUGUCAGAGCAUCCUAUCGAUGAGGUCAAGACCCUCAAGGUCGCGGUGAUCGGCGGUGGCCUAGCAGGAAUCACGGCUGGAAUUCUGUUGCGUGAGAAGGUGCCUGGAAUUGAUCUCACAGUGCUUGAAAAGAACGCUGACUUUGGAGGGACCUGGUAUGAAAAUCGAUACCCUGGAGUGAGAUGCGACAUUCCAGCACAUGUCUAUCAAUCGACCUUCUCGCCCAAUACGCAAUGGAGUGAGGAAUACGCCCAGGGUCAUGAGAUCCUGGUUUAUUGGCAGUCCGUCGCCAAAAAAUACGAUCUUUACAAGAACACUCGCUUCCAAUCGAAGGUCCUCGGCGCUCACUGGGAUGACCACCGUGCACAGUGGAGGAUCGAGAUCGAGGAUCUCGGUGCCAACACCAGAAGUGCUGAGCAUUACGACUUCGUGCUGACAGCCAUCGGACAUUUCAACGAGUGGAAGCUCCCCGACUAUCCUGGGAUUAACGAGUACCAAGGUCAUCUGCGUCACUCCUCGAACUGGGACCCGGCAUUUGAUCCUGUUGGUAAACGCAUCGCUACGAUUGGCAACGGGGCAAGCGGUAUACAGGUCACCGCAGAGCUGCAGAAGCUAGCAUCGCAUGUUGACCAUUACGCGAGAAAUAGAACAUGGAUAGCCGGCUCCUUCAACCCAGCGGCGCAGGACCGGCAACAGACGCCCAUCGCCAUCCCGGAUGAACAGCGUGAGGCAUUCAAGGACCCGCAAACGUACUUGAAAUUUCGUAAGGAGCUCGAAAAUAACUUCUUUCGCGGCUUCGAUGGACAGUUGAUAGAAUCCCAAGCAAGCAAGGAGGCCACGCAAAAUUUUAUCGAGCUGAUGAGGAAGCGCCUGACAGGCAAGCCAGAAUUGCUGAAUGAUUUGGUGCCCGACUUCCCUCCGCAUUGCCGUAGACUGACCCCAGGACCCGGCUAUCUCGAAGCCUUGACAGCAGAUAAUCUUUCCUUGAUUCAAACACCGAUCGAGCGAUUUACUGCUGAUGGCAUUGUAACGGUGGACGGAGUGCAUCGCCCAGUGGAUGCGGUGAUAUGUUCGACAGGAGCCAAUGUAAACUACGCGCCACCCUUCCCUAUCACUUCAGGAGAUCUCGAUCUAUCACGAGACUGGCGACCGGAUGGCAAGUUCGGAUGGCCCUAUUCGUAUCUUGGAAUAAGCACACCGGGACCCAACCCAGCCGGCCCGUCAGGAACUGUGCCUCAUGCAGUGGAGACGCAAGUCACUUAUGUGGCGAAAAUGCUGCGCAAGAUGUCAUCGCAGCGCAUACGAACAAUAACGCCGCUGAAGUCUGCCACCGAUGACUUCGUAGCCUAUGCCGACGCGUUCUUCCCUCGUAUGAAUGUCUCGUUGAACUGCUCAUCCUGGUCGAAUGGUGGACGUCCCGGAGCACGCAUCCAUGGUCAUUGGCCUGGAAGUGGUGCGCACAUCAAUCACGUCAGACGCGAACCGCGGUGGGAAGACUUCCAAUACACGUAUGAUCGGCCCGAAAAUAUGUUCGCGUAUUUCGGAAAUGGGCAGACAGCGAAGGAACAGGACCCAAACAGCGAUAUGACACCGUAUCUCAAGCUUGCCGGUGAGAACGAUCUGAGAGAUUUACACGAGCGAUGGUGGGAUCUUUAG